GUUGAUAAUAUAAAACUAAAAUAAAAACCCCGAGAACUAAUUAUAGAAUUUACAAUAAAAUAAUACAUGAAAAUGCAUUAAAAAAUUGUUUUUUGGGCGAGUACACAAACGCCUAUAGGCAUUCGACCGACCGCCGCACCACGCCUGCUGCCGCCACCAGAGACUUCGUUCGGCCACCGCGCCCAAAGCUUCUCGCAAACAACCGAUUAAUCUAUACUCAUAGGCUGCGAGUUCCGUGACUGUUUCACCCCAAAAUAUGGGCAAGAAAGGGCCUAACUCGAGAGAAGGAAGUGGUGGUGUGACUUUUGGAUCAAGCACGAUCCGACAUGAUUGGAAUGCAAGGAAGCCGAGUCAUGUUAACCCCAAGUUGAUGGUGAAAGUGGAUCAUAUGAAAAACCUUGCAGUUUGGGCCAGCGGCGUAGCAUCCAUACCCCCAUUGAGCACCUUUUUUGGCACGCGAUUAGCUGCUUACUCUGAGUCCUUGGGUUUGGCUCCCGACCCUUCUUUGGUCUCUUGUCAAAGGCCUCGCAUCAUCAGCUCAGCAUGCUGCGUAAUUGCACUCACUAAACUAACCUGCUUGGUGCUGCGCCAUGAACACUGUAAUCUGCUUCAACCUAAAUCGAUAUGGAAUGCAGACAAAGCGGUGGACAAAUGCCCCCUAGUGGAGCACAUAUUGCAUUUGGUACCGUUAGAAGUGAAUAUAUUCCAAUGUGUUACGCUGCCUGAUGCUCCAAAAUUCGGCAAAGUAUUCGGAGGCCAAUUUAUGGGGCAGGCAUUAGCAGCAGCCACAAAAACUGUUAAUUGUCUCAAGAUUGUUCACAGCAUUCGUGCCCACUUCCUUCUCGGUGGGGAUGUUGAUAUUCCAAUAAUAUAUGAAGUACAUCGUGUGCGUGAUGGGAAGAGCUUCUCAACAAGGAGGGUAGAUGCAAUACAGAAAGGGAAUGUUGUAUUUACUUUAGUUGCUUCAUUUCAGAAAGAAGAGGGAUUUGACCACCAGGACGCAUUAAUGCCUAAUGUGCAGGAUCCAGAAACGCUUCUGUCAAUGGAAGAGAUACGUGAAAGGCGGCUCACUGAUCAUCGUCUUCCCAGAACCUAUAGGAACAUUUUAGCUACUGUGGAGUUUGUUCCAUGGCCUAUAGAGAUAAGGUUCUGUGAUCCUAGUACAGGAACCAGCCAGACCAAGAGCCCUCCAAGUUUGAGGUUCUGGUUCAGAGCAAAGGGAAAUCUUUCUGAUGAUCAAGCUUUGCACCGAUGUGUUGUGGCAUAUGCGUCGGAUCUUAUCUUUGCUUCUGUAAGUAAUAAUCCUCAUCGCAAGGCAGGGCUGAAGAUUGCGACUCUUAGUCUCGAUAACUCUUAAGUGUCUUCAAGCUACACUCGAUGUGGUUUCACAGGCCAAUUCGGGCUGACGACUGGAUACUGUUUGUGAUUGGGAGUCCAUCUGCACAUAAUGCUCGCGGUUUUGUUUCUGGGCAAAUGUUUGACCGGAACGGAACGCUUGUGGUGUCACUCACCCAAGAGGCGUUGCAGCGAGCCGUCCUGCCUACACGAAAGCCGAUCGGGCAGUCAAAACUCUAACUCAUAUCAAUGAAGUCUUUGGUCUUGUUCCAUUCAACAUUUUUUUUGUCUUGGCAGAAUCUUGAAAUGAAUUGAUUCUCAGAAA